AUGUCUUCCAACAGCCAGAUAAUUCGCGGUUUCACGGCAGAGCAAAACCACUCCUUCACGAAUAUCCUUCUACCAGCGCUUCAAGCAUUCGACAAGCAUUUCAACCCACUGCAGCCACAGCAAAAGCAGUCAGUCAUAAUGCCAAAGCCGGCACAGCAAGAGCAGGAACAGAAGCAUAAGCCAUUGCAACAGGCAAAUGUGGAGAAAUCUACGGAGAAAUCAAGCGACAACAAGGUCACCAUCAUCAAGAACACGGCUCAGCUCUCCAAGAUCCCACGUCACACACUCUCCAUAAUUCCACACCAAGCCACUAUGCAUAAUUGCGGAGAUCCUUCCCCUCGCCUCAGCAGUACUCCACUUUCUACCUCACUCCUCGCCUCUCUUCUCACUCUCGCCUCUCCGCUCGGCUACAUUCGAUAUGCGAAGGAUAUGGAGGCUAUAGGCCAAGGAUAG